AUGCGAUUGGUGUUGCGCGCGUGUUUUCUUUUUCCCCCUUUUUUUUUCCGAGCAGAUUCAAUAGUGUUUGUUGUCACCAUAGCAGGCCAUGAAUUGUGGCUGCAAUUCAAAGCUGCCCGGGCAUGGCCGAGGUGUGGUUCCUGGGAUGUGGCAGGAAGGCUAGAUACCUUUGCCAUUAGGUCGAAGAACUUCAUGGAUGUUAUGGGCAGAGCGGCAAGUUCCGUGGGCACUUCCGUUCAUGCUGCAGUGCAGCAGGGAAGCAUGGCACUGACACAGGGUCCAGUGUUGCUGCAGCAGGAAAUGGAGAUGGCUGAAAAGGAGAUUCGAAAGCUGACCGAAGCCUUGGGUCAGAUCGAAGAGUCCAACGGUGCUGAUGCAAUGGCUCAGUAUGGCCAUGCUCAGAAGGUGAUUUUGGUUCAGGCUGCGCGCGUGAAGAUCAUCUCCUCAGGACUGAGUGCCUUAGAGUAUCCUGAGCCGCUGAAGGCCUUUGUGGAUUUUCUCAGCAAUGUGCUGUCUGUAACCACUCCAUUGGCAGAGCUCAUUCCGCAGCACGAGGUGGCAUCGAAGAGUCUUCAUGCAAGCAUGCAGUGCAUCUCCGCCAUUCAGCAAGAAAUUGCCAAGUUGGAAAGUGCCCUCACAUGGACUGGAAAUGCCACGGAAGAGUUGGGAAGCAGCUGCAGGUGCUUCAUAGAGAACGCUUCCCUCUUAGACAACGCCAGCUUGGUCCCUUCCUACCAGGAGCUGGUUCGGGAAAACGCUGGAAAUCUCACCGAGACGAAUAUCUCUGCUCUGAGCAAUAUUAGUGUUUUCAUGAACUCUGUGUACAUGACUAAGCUUCUCCAGACCAAGCUGCUGAAAGACGUGAAGGCCAUGGCGCCAGAGGAGAGAACAGCCCUGGCAGAACAUGCCGAGAAGACGCGCCAGGCUGCCAUGGAUUUGGCCCAAGAGGCCCAUAGCCAAGUCGCCGGCAGCUUGGGUGAGGUGUCAGCACAUCUUCAAGCCGUUGCAACAGACUUGGAUGAACUUCUGACUUCCUUAGAGAGUUACUCCUUGGCGACGGGUCUUCUGAUGCAUCAUUUGGUCCGGGAUGUGGCCAGCUUCUACAAGCAGUUUGUCAUGGGGUGUUUGGCUGUCGCAUGUGUCAUGGCGUUCUUGGCUUUCUUCUAUGCGUGCUACUUGGAGUUUGUCUACGAGAACGAGGGCGUGGCGCGCGCUUUUGAAACAGAUCCGAAGGAGCGACGCGGCUGUUGCUGGAGCUGCGUGAGGUGCAUCGGAUACAUAUUUCACUUCUCAGGAUUUUAUGCCUUGAUGCUUCUGCAAGAUGCAGUGUCAUUGAUGUUGGUCGUCAUGACACUAGUCAUGGGAACUAUGAGCCUGGCUCAAAUAGGUGUGGCUGCUGGCUGCGACAAUGCACAGAUUCUCUCAGACAAUGCGACAUGCACAAAAGAGCUCGAAAGACUCGGAGAUUUCGUUGGUGGAGACUUACUUCAGGGCCGUAGCUGUCAACAAUCAGAUAUGCUUAUGUGCCAGUCCAUGCUUGGCGAUGUAGCGGUGGUGUACCGGACCAUGUGCGCAGCCGUCCUCGGGACCAUUGUGUCCUGUUGCAUCCCUCGACGUUUGUUGGUGGUUUGGAUGUCCGCACAGCAGAACAUCCACACUGCAGAGGUACUUGCAGACAUUGACCGAACGAAGCCACCAGAGUAUCCUGCCUACUCUGUGCCAUGA